UAUGUGCAUUGCUAUGAGCAUCAGUUAAACCUGAUUAUGUCCCAAGCUGCUUCAGCAAAUGCUCAAGUUCGUGUUCUUUGGGGAUUUGAAAGAUAUUCCGGGAUUUUUUGAUAAUUCUCCUCAACGCGUAGAGGUACUGAACAGAAUUGAGGGGAAACAUUCCCCAAGGAGCAACAACUCGUUGGAAUUUUAAUAUCCGAACAAUAAAUGUAGUGUUUGGGAACAGAGAAUCACUCAUUGAAUGCAUGGAAGAAAUAGAAGAAAAUUUCACUAAUGAAGCCGUUUGCAAGGCAGCCUGCGGUAUUGGCCGUAUAAGAGAAAAACCGAGCCAGCGCAAGUUAAAACGGCUAUCGAUAAUUUGCACUGAACCCCAAGGCAACAAAAGGAGACGACGUAAUAAUAGCAGUCAGGAUCACCGAGUUGCCGCGUUAGAAGUAUGCGACUAUAUAGUGAAUUCUGCAAAUGACAGAUUUCAAUUCAAAGAUCAUUUGGUAGCCGCAUCCCUUUUUUUCCCCGAACACUUUGGAGAAUACUAUGGUACGUUUCCUGAUGACAAGUUAGAAACUACCUGCUUGGCUUAUCCCGAAUUAGAAAAAAGUCGUUUAAAGACAGAGUUGUCUGUUAUUUAUGCACGGAAUGAUUACCGAGAUUUACAUGGAACUCUGUCUCUUUUGAAAUUUUUGAUACAAAACAGUUUGUAGGAAACACUAAAAGAAACAAAAAAGCUAUUAGAAAUUAUUGUUACAACUCCUAUGUCAACAUCAGAGUCUGAGCGAAAUUUCUCAACAUUGAAAAGAAUCAAGACUUCUCUUCGAAAUACUAUGACCCAGGAUCGCCUUACAGCGUUGUCGAUGCUGU